AUGAGCUUAACGAUUGUAUCUUUCGCUCUUGUAAUGGAAAUCUCAGCCAUGAGAAUGAGUUUUCUUGCUCUGGGUUUGUCUCUGUGUCUUCUUCUCUCAAGCUUCCAUGUGGUUUCUUCUCAGGAUGAUGGUGCUAGUAGGGUGAGUCAUUUGGAUCUAAUCGAGCGUGAAUACCAAGAUAGUGUCAAUGCUCUUCAAGGCAAGGAAGGUGAAGAUCAGUCUGCAAAGAUACAGAGUGAAAACCAGAAGAACACUACAGUGACUGAUAAGAACACUAUUUCUCUUUCUCUAUCAGACGAAUCUGAGGGUACAUUCAGUGAUUCUGUUGAUAACUCAACCCAGGUUGGAGCUGUUAGUGAUGAAAGUGUUAAACGUUCGAAUCUGUUGGAUCAACUCGAACUUGAAUUUGAAGCUCAUCUCAAUGGUCUAAACGAAGCUGGAUCUGAUGGUGUCAAAGCUGAAUCCAAGGAUGAUGAAGAAUUAUCUGCUUAUAGACAGAAGAUGUUGGAAGACAUCGAACGUGAUUUUGAAGCUGCUUCAACUAGUUUGAAACAACUAAAGACUGAUGAAUUAAGCGAAGGAAAUGAUGAAGAACAAUCUGCGAAGAGACAUAGUUUGUUGGAAGAGAUCGAGCGCGAGUUUGAAGCCGCUACAAAAGAUCUUGAACAACUUAAGGUUAAUGACUUCACCGGAGACAAAGAUGACGAAGAACAAUCUGCAAAGAGAAAAAGUAUGCUAGAAGCUAUCGAACGCGAGUUUGAAGCUGCUAUUGAAGGACUUGAAGAACUAAAGGUUUCUGAUUCAACCGGAAGCAAGGAUGAUGAAGAACAAUCUGCAAAGAGACUAAGUAUGCUUGAAGAGAUCGAACGUGAAUUUGAAGCUGCUACAAAAAGUCUUGAACAACUCAAGGUCAAUGAUUCAAUCGAGGACAAAGUUGAAGAGGGACAAGAUGCAAAGAGGCAAAGUAUGUUAGAAGAGAUCGAGCGUGAGUUCGAAGCAGCUACAGAUAGCCUUAAGCGACUUCAAGUUGAUGAUUCCACUGAAGAAGACACAGAACAAACUGCAAAGAGGCAAAGCAUGUUGGAAGAGAUCGAACGUGAGUUUGAAGCUGCUACAAAAGGUCUUGAACAACUUAAGGUCAAUGAUUACACAGAAGGCAGUGAUAAUGAAGAACAAUCUGCAAAGAGAAAGAGUAUGCUUCAAGAGAUCGAACGUGAAUUUGAAGCUGCUAUUGGAGGUCUUAAGCAGAUCAAAGAUGAUGAUUCUAGAAACAUUGAAGAACAAUCUGCAAAGAGAAAGAUAAUGUUGGAAGAUAUCGAACGUGAAUUCGAAGCUGCAAAGAAACAGAGCGGCUCGAUUACACCAGGGUUUCUUGGACUAGGACAGUCAGGUGUUUGUGGCUGUUUUAACCAAGACAAUGAUGGUUUAAAGCAAGACGAAGAUGUUUCAAUCGCAAUAUCAACCAAAUAUAGCAUAGAGGAGAUCCUCUCUGAAGAAUCUGAAACCCAGGGAACAGAGACUUCUUCUAGUCUCACUAAGUCUCUGACUCAACUCGUUGAGAAUCACAGGAAAGACAAGGAGUCUCACAGUGCACACAGAGAUCUCGAUUCAGCAUCCACAAGCGAAUCAUCAGCUACAUCGGAGACUGUAGAGAGCCUUAGAGCUAAACUGAAAGAGCUUCGUGGCUUAACCGCUCGUCAGCUCGUGACACGUCACGAUUUUGAGAAGAUUCUCGUCAUGGCUGCAAGUUUCGAGGAGCUAAGCUCAGCUCCAAUCAGUUACAUCUCUAGGUUAGCUAAAUACAGAAACGUCAUUAAAGAUGGACUCGAAGCUUCUGAGCGAGUCCACAUCGCAAAGGCACGAGCCAAAAUGCACAAAGAAACUGCCAAGGAGAAGCAAGCCUUCGUGGACGCUAAUUUCGCAGAGGCUAAAAAGCUUGCUGAGAGAGGAGACGCGUUGUACGUUAGAAUCUUUGCGAUCAAGAAACUGUUGAGGAAGCUUGAAGCAGAGAGAGAGACUGUUGAUGUAAAGUUUAAGGAGGUCGCGAAGGGUCUUUCUCAUCUUCUUGCUGAUGCUUCCGAGGCUUACGAGGAGUAUCAUGGAGCGGUAAGGACGGCGAAAGACGAGGAAGCGGCUGAGGAAUUUGCGAGAGAGGCGACGGAGAGUGCAGAGAUCAUUUGGGUUAAAGUUUGUGUGUUGGUUAUAUCAGGAGAGAGAUCUUGGGAGAUAGAGAGGAAAACACAUAAUAGCAUCGGCGAAUCCAUACUUAGAUUCUGUAUCAGAUUUUUGACUGAUUUGGGAGAUGCAGUAGUUUUUUUUGUGGCUGAUGAUGAGAUCAUAAAGCUUGAAAUCAUGGAGGAGGUUCGGUUAUCGCCGCUGAGACAAACAAGCUAUAAGUCUUCACUCUCAGGGAGGUCUACUCCAAGGGGUUCACCUAGAGUGCAUUCUGGUAGGACUCCGCGGAGAGGUAGCGGCGGCGGAGGAGGAGGAGGAGCGGUUCAGUGGUUUCGCAGUAGCCGUCUGGUUUAUUGGCUGCUUUUGAUUACUCUUUGGACGUAUCUUGGGUUCUAUGUUCAGUCCAGGUGGGCUCAUGAUAAUGAGAACAAAGUUGAGUUUUUGCGGUUUGGUGGCAAACUGAGAAAGGAUGUGUUACAUGUGGAGAAUAACAACAAUAGAUUUGGUUCUGUUGUUAAUGAGACUUCUUCUGAUGCUUUGCUGAGUUUUACCGGUAAAGAAGAUGAUGCUGGUGGUGGGAAUAAGAGGACGGAUGUUAGUCUGAGCAAGAAAGACGAUGGGGCUUCACGACGGAGCUUGAGUUCAAGACAGAAGACGAAGAAAGCUGGCCGGGCUUCAUCACGUAGUAAGAUCCGUGGUAAGCAGAAAGUGAGUAAAGAGGUUAAGGCUGAGGCUAAGGUUUUGGAUGAUGAGCAAGAUCCACAGCUUCCGAUGACAAAUGCUACUUAUGGUAAGCUUCUUGGUCCUUUCGGGUCACUAGAGGAUAGAGUUCUUGAGUGGAGCCCGCAUAGACGGUCUGGGACCUGUGACAGGAAAUCGGAUUUUAAGCGGCUUGUUUGGUCAAGGAGAUUCGUGUUGCUUUUCCACGAACUCUCGAUGACUGGCGCUCCGAUUUCGAUGAUGGAGCUGGCUUCAGAGCUUUUGAGCUGCGGCGCAACAGUCUCUGCAGUAGUACUCAGCAGGAGAGGUGGACUGAUGCAGGAGCUCGCUAGGAGAAAGAUCAAAGUGGUUGAAGACAAAGGAGAACUCAGCUUCAAGACUGCCAUGAAAGCUGAUUUGGUCAUCGCAGGAUCAGCAGUGUGUACCUCAUGGAUAGAUCAAUACAUGAAUCAUCAUCCAGCUGGUGGAAGUCAAAUAGCUUGGUGGAUAAUGGAGAACCGAAGAGAGUACUUUGACCGAGCGAAACCGGUGCUUGACCGAGUGAAAAUGCUGGUUUUUCUAUCUGAAUCACAGAGCAAACAAUGGUUAACGUGGUGCGAAGAGGAGCACAUCAAGCUCAGAUCACAACCAGUGACUGUUCCACUCUCUGUUAAUGACGAGCUGGCUUUUGUAGCUGGGAUUCCUUCUUCACUCAACACGCCAACACUUUCUCCGGAGAAAAUGAGGGAGAAGAGACAGAUACUACGCGAAUCAGUCAGAAAGGAGUUAGGCUUAACAGAUGAAGAUAUGCUUGUGAUGUCUCUCAGCAGCAUAAACCCAGGAAAGGGACAACUUCUUCUCCUUGAAUCUGUCGCCUUAGCACUUGCUGCGAGAGAAGCAGAAGCUCAAAGGAAUCUCAAGGGCAUCAUCAUCAAGAAAGAAAAAGUCAGCCUCUCAAGGAAACAUCGUCUAAGAGGCUCAUCUCGAGAGAUGAAGAGUGUUUCUCUCCCACUUGACAAUGCCGUAACAAGACAGAGACAAGAGCUUAAAGUUCUUCUAGGAUCAGUGGGUUCAAAGAGCAACAAAGUUGGAUACGUUCAAGAGAUGUUAAGCUUCUUAUCAAACAACGGAAACUUAUCCAAGUCAGUCAUUUGGACUCCAGCAACGACUCGUGUUGCUUCAUUAUACUCUGCAGCAGAUGUCUACGUUACAAACUCCCAGGGAGUUGGUGAAACAUUUGGGAGAGUGACGAUAGAAGCAAUGGCGUAUGGACUUGCAGUGGUGGGGACAGACGCAGGAGGAACAAAAGAGAUGGUCGAACAUAACGUGACCGGUCUACUUCACUCGAUGGGAAGGUCAGGUAACAAAGAAUUGGCUCAAAAUCUCUUGUUUCUACUUAGAAAUCCAGAGACAAGGCUACAAUUCGGGAUCCAAGGACGCAAAAAGGUUGAGAAAAUGUACAUGAAGCAACACAUGUACAAGCGAUUCGUUGACGUUCUAGUCAAAUGCAUGAGACCAUAAAAACACUUUUGAUCUUUAAACAAUUUUACCGAAUCUUACUUACAACCACAUUAUAUUCUCGACAUGAUCAUCAACUGCAAAUACACGAGUAUAAUACAUUCUAAUAUGCUCGUUUGUUUUCUCGGGACCA